AUGGUAAUUUGUGGCAGUAUUGUGGCUCGUAAUAAUUACGAGGAGUUUACUAUAACAUGCUCUUUGUGCAAAAAUGAAACAAGCAUUGUAGAGUGGGAAAAAUUUGUGCUGCACAUAAAAGAUUCUCAUCGGCCUGUGGAGUUGGAGGAGGAUAAGUUUGAAAAAUUGCCUUACAGUGAAAACAAAAAUCCAAUUCUCGAGGAACCCUUUAAAAGCGACGGCGAUGGAAUCAGUGAUUGUCUUAAUGAAGCAGCGAUUGUGGAUCUGCCGAUGUCUGACGACGGCGAUCAAUUUGAUACUGACAAUGAAACCGGUGACGAUGAGACGUUUGAAGAAUGUGAAUCCGGAAAUGCAGGGUCAGAAACGGAUACCGGAACCAAAAGCUUUCCACCAAUAAGAAAAUUUAAUCCAACCUUUUACCGGCGCCACCCACGCAUUACAAAAUUUAUUGAGCUCUACAAAUCCCACCCAUGCCUUUGGGACCCAAAAGACGCAUCGUACAGAAACAAAGAAAUGCGCACUUCUGCAUAUAACACGAUGUUGGAGCAAUUAAAAUCUAAUAUCAACAUCCAUCUGACACAUUUCAGAUUAAAAAAAUGUAUUUCAAAUCUACAUAGGCAAUACGCUGGCGUAACACGCCGAAAACAAACCCAAAAAUUAACAAAGGUCACUUUGCAAUAUCAUGACACUUACAAAUUCUUGGCAAAACGGGGAGACAUUGAUGAUGACAGUGAGGCCGAAGCCGAAGAUGAGAAAAUUAAGCUGAUUUUUACUGAAACAAACCAGUUGACUCAGCAGUUUAUUCAAAUCUACGAACUUUUCCCUCAACUUUUCGACCCGGAACAUAAGGAUUAUAGAAAUCUAGCAGCCCGGAAGGCGUCUUACGAAGAAAUGGCUCAACUGCUACGAAACUCUGGCGUAAUGCCUGAAAAUAAUAUUACUGGGAGCGACGUUUAUGAAAGCGUAUUGUGUCUUCGCAAAUGGUACUGCCGCAAAAUCAAAGGCCUAACAGAGGGCCUAACUGAAGGAUUAGGUAACGCUGAAAAGCAAUUUCUCGAAAAAUGCAAAAGCUACUUAAGAACAACAACGUUCAGACUGAAAUUACCAUGUGAAGUGUGUCAGGCAAUCUUUAAUACCGAUCACGCCUUACAGGCUCAUCUAUACAAAGUUCACAAACAGGGCGAGUUCCCAUUUAAAUGCGAUUUGUGUUCGGGCAGCUUUGAACGACGAUGCAAUUUACAGCAACAUAUCCAAAGGGUUCAUGUGGGUAAGAUGUUUAAGUGCAGUCACUGUGAACGUAGUUUCGCAUUCUUACAUCAACUGAAUAUUCAUCUGCGUACCCAUGAAGAUUCACAUAUAGCUAAACCAUUUGUCUGCGAGUUCUGCGGCAAAUCGUUUAAGCAGAAGAUUCAGAUGACCACACACGUGACUGCCGUUCAUACAAAAGUACGUGCCUAUAAAUGUGAAAUGUGCCCAAAGGACUUCCUCACAAAACGAGAUUUGAAAGAUCAUGUAAAAGCACACUUAAAUAUUCGUGAUAAAGUUUGCGAAAUAUGCCAAAAAGCUUUUACGAACGCAAAUGCUCUUGUUAAACAUCGACAUAUACACAGAGAAAAGACCAUACAAUGCACACUGUGCAGUACUAGAUUUUCCGAGCGGGUAAGCCUUGGAGUACACAUGAAACGUACGCAUAAAAUUAUUAGAAAUAUUCCAAAAGAAUAAAAAGUUUGCAAUAUAACAUUUUUUGUUUCAAA